CGCCGGGGCGGGCGGACGAGAGGCGCGGCGCGGAGUCCCGUUAGAAGCAGCGCGGAGCCCGUGAAGAGCUUGACUGGCGUAGGAGGAGCGAGCCGUCGUGCCCAGUCCGCCGGGAAGAUGCCGAAAACGAUCAGCGUGCGUGUUACUACGAUGGAUGCUGAGCUGGAGUUUGCCAUCCAGCCCAACACUACAGGGAAGCAACUCUUUGAUCAGGUUGUCAAGACAAUUGGUCUAAGGGAGGUGUGGUUUUUUGGACUUCAGUAUCAGGACACCAAGGGCUUCUCAACAUGGCUGAAAUUGAACAAAAAGGUAACAGCACAGGAUGUACGCAAAGAAAGCCCCUUGCUUUUCAAAUUCCGUGCCAAGUUCUACCCAGAGGAUGUGGCAGAAGAGCUGAUCCAGGACAUCACACAGCGCCUCUUCUUCCUUCAAGUGAAGGAAGCAAUUCUGAACGAUGACAUUUAUUGCCCUCCAGAAACAGCUGUCCUUCUGGCUUCUUAUGCUGUCCAGUCAAAAUAUGGAGACUUCAACAAAGAGGUACACAAGUCUGGCUACCUUGCAAGUGAUAAGCUGCUCCCACAGAGAGUCCUGGAGCAGCACAAGCUUAACAAGGAUCAGUGGGAGGAGAGGAUUCAAGUGUGGCAUGAGGAGCAUCGAGGAAUGAUUAGAGAAGAUGCUGUCUUGGAGUACCUGAAAAUUGCACAGGAUCUGGAAAUGUAUGGUGUGAACUACUUCAGCAUUAAGAACAAGAAGGGCUCUGAACUCUGGCUAGGUGUAGAUGCUCUUGGACUCAACAUUUAUGAACAGAAUGACAGGCUAACACCAAAAAUUGGGUUCCCUUGGAGUGAGAUCAGAAAUAUCUCAUUUAAUGACAAGAAAUUUGUUAUCAAGCCUAUUGACAAGAAAGCACCGGACUUUGUGUUCUAUGCCCCUCGGUUACGGAUUAACAAACGGAUCUUGGCACUUUGCAUGGGGAACCAUGAGCUCUACAUGCGUAGACGUAAACCAGAUACCAUUGAGGUGCAGCAGAUGAAGGCACAGGCUCGGGAAGAGAAGCAUCAGAAACAGAUGGAAAGAGCCCUACUGGAGAAUGAGAAGAAGAAGAGGGAGUUGGCAGAAAAGGAGAAGGAAAAGAUUGAACGUGAGAAGGAGGAACUAAUGGAGAGACUCAAGCAGAUUGAAGAGCAAACCAAGAAAGCUCAGCAAGAACUGGAAGAACAGACCCGCAGAGCUAUGGAGCUGGAACAGGAGAGAAAACGAGCUCAAGAGGAAGCAGAGAAGCUUGCUAAAGAACGUAGAGAAGCAGAAGAAGCAAAGGAGGCCCUAUUGAAAGCAUCCCAUGAUCAACAAAAGACCCAGGAACAGCUGGCUGCUGAGAUGGCAGAACUCACAGCUAGAAUCACACAGCUGGAGAUGGCCAGGCAGAAGAAAGAGAGCGAGGCCCAGGAGUGGCAACAAAAGGCACAGAUGGUACAGGAGGACCUAGAAAAGACCAAAGAGGAGUUGAAGACUGCCAUGAGUACCCCUCACGUCACUGAGCCCAUGCACUCUGAGAAUGAGCAUGAUGAUGAGCAGGAUGAGAACGCGGCAGAAGCCAGCGCUGAGCUGCGGUCAGAGGCCACCAUCAAGGACCGCAGCGAGGAGCAGCGCACCACUGAGGCAGAGAAGAACGAACGGGUCCAGAAACACUUGAAGGCUCUUUCCUCAGAGCUGGCAAAUGCUCGGGAUGAAACCAAGAAGACAGCCAAUGACAUGAUCCAUGCUGAGAACAUGCGCCUAGGCCGAGACAAGUACAAGACCCUGCGUCAGAUUCGACAGGGCAACACCAAGCAGCGCAUUGACGAGUUUGAGUCCAUGUAAACUCUCCCCUGCAUCUGCUGCCCUGCUCUCUCUUCUCCCUCUCUCCCCAUCCUCUCCUGUCAUUCACUCAUAACCGUGCUACGCUGGAACCACUACAGAAGAGUGACCAUGGUCUUAUUUAUAGAGUUGUGGGCAAAUGUUGGAGUUAAGCAACAGAAGAAAAAAGGAUUUACAUCUUCCUGAGGUGGCUUGGGAAAUUGGAGCAAAUUUGAAGUUGUUUGGCUUUGUGUAAAGUCUCACUGCAUUUAGUUUUUUAUUGCUUACUGAAGUGGCUGUGUUGCUGUCCUCUGCCACAGGACGGGGGGAGGGCCGGCGGAUACUCUGAGUUACAUAUAGUAAAGUGCUAACAGUUUGACACUGUGCCUUUCUACUAGCCUGUGCAAGCUUCAGUAUUAAGCUCGCUAGCUAGGCUCUGAACAUCUGACUUAAUACAAGGUCUGAGUCAUGUAGCUGAGAAGGGGAGGCUGGAGCUUAGGAGGAAGAGUUGGAGGUAGAAUAUGGAGUUUUUCUUUCUGAAGACCAAAGCUUUUGUCCUUCAAACAUCAGCAGACCAAACUGAUUCUGUGACAUUCCUGCUGAUGUUAAUUUUUUUUGUUUGAUGAUGGAACUUUGAAUUUCCUAAUUAUGACGAGGCCUUGCGACUGUUUCUACUGAUGCAGUGUGGUUUGUAGCCUCAACUUCCCUGCUUUCCAGAAGUUGUCUCUGGGAAAUGGCUCUCAUCGCUUUCAUGUGUCUGCCUUGAGUGUAACCAGUGAGGCAGACACCUGAAGAGCAUUACCUUCCUUUUUGGGUUUGUCAAUGGGAACUUAAAGGGUUAGGUAGAAAUGUAAGAGACUAACAAUUCCUGUAACUGUAUUUUCCCUUGCUGAACCAGUACAUUUCUCAUGUGAACUGGAUUUCAGAUUUUUCCCCAAGAGGCCUUUUUUAGCACAUAGUCACUGGUGCCUUAUGACUGUGUAUAGAUCUACUGUAGCUCAGAUGCCUUUAGUUUAAUCUAAAUGUAAUCAUAGAAGGUGAUCAGCAGCUGGGGACCAAGAACUAUGUGUGUAUCUAGGUGAGGUGCAAGACUGCAUCCGUCUUCCUGGCUUUGAGCAGUGUUUGAGGGGAGAGGAUCUUGAGAUAUUUGUCCACUUGCUGCCUUAAUCCUAGUAUUCUGCCAGAUCCCUGGCUUAAGUGCCCUUCUUUCCCCAGAAGGAUGCUUUGCCCCACUGUGACUUUGAGAACAGAAGACACUGUCUCUUAGAAAUGGGACACUGGUGGUUGUGAGACUGGUCCCCAGAGCCAUUUGUACCAGUUGUUGUAAUACCCAUCACCUCCUGUCUCCAAGUUAUCCAUGCUAAAGUUACCCAGAAUCCUUCUUCCCAUUCCUGGGAGAAAACAGCCAUGUAUGCUCAGGGUUGAAUUGGAUUUUGCCUUGAUCCUUUAUAGAAGGAAACAUUCACCUUCAGAAGAGGCCUGUUAAAAGAUUCUACCUACAAUGGGGUUGUCCUUUGCUUUGCCUUCCUUGCAUUAGCCUGUCCCUAUAGGAAGUCAUGAGGCUAGCCAGUGAUUUAUUUUCUUGCCUAGCACGAUCCUGAAUCUUGUGACUUUCUCAGUUUUGUGGAUUCCCCCUUUGUAUGGUGAUGGAAGGAAAAGAUGUGCAUGCUAGAGCACUUUCAUCUCCUUGUGCUGUGGAAUGGUAAAGGGGGACUGUGCCAAAAAUAAAUGUUUAUGAUAGUGUUAAUAAACUGCAGUAUUUCCCCAAGAAUUCCUUGGGCUGCUGGAAUCAACCUUACCAGUGCUGUAUUUUAUUUUUCUGGAAGCAAUACAAGUCUGUGUGAAGGACCCACACAAAUGCUAACCAACCAGCCUCUGUAAGGAGCACAGCUUAAGUGUGCUGCUUCUAAACAACCACAUGAGUUGUGGGACCCCCCCUUGUUUCCCCUGGACACAGCAUGCCUUUGGGGGAUGAUGUGACAUGGUAGGCUUUUGAUUGGCCAGAACCACACACCUCUCUAGUUUGAAAGUCACAAAUGAAAGAUUGCAGUUAAAUUUGUCAGAACUGAUUUGUGCAUUUCUGUACUGAAGGGUUAUUGGCACUGGCUCUAUGUGAGUCUCCUUAUGGGGGGAACAGACAACCUUUAUACUUCUGUUUUGGUGCUUUAAAGCUGAUUUCCAGCACUUAUGUCUGUGGCAACUGUUGAUAUAUCUGGGGAGAGAAAAGCCUGUGUUACAUUUUAACAGUUUCCUAACAAGCUGAUGUAUGUUGCCUGGAAUAUGUGUUCAAAUAAAAAAACAGUAAGCCUUUUCUGCUUUGAUGGGUCGCACAACACUGCUGAGCUCAUGUAUUAUGAUGCUGGCAUGACUUCUGUUUAUAGGGUUAUCUUAAUUGUUCUAAUUCCAAAUGCUCCAAUACAGCAAUAGAACAGCCUGUGCCAGUGAGUCCACUUAACUCUUUUUGUAGUUGUUUCAGCCCUGCCUUUUUCUUAACCAGUAUUAUAUUCCAGUGGUAUCUAAUGAUAUUUGAUUUCAAUACUUCUAGCUAUGCACAAUUAGAAAAUAUUAGUCAUGGGAUGGAGGAUAUGUUUAUGGUUCUCUUUCCCUUGGAAAUGUAUACUGUAUUGUAAAGAAAAUGGUAUUUUGCAAGAAAACUAAUGUAAGAAGCUUUCAGUAUUAUGAGGAGAUUUGUAGACACAUUUUUUAUUUGUUAGAAUACAGUGAAUUGUUCUUCCUCUCCAUGUUCCAGUUUAAUUGGAUAACUGCUCCUCUUGGGGGUGGGGGGAGGGAACUCCUUUAUCAAAUGUUUGCCUGGCUUGUUUAUUCUUGUUUUAUUUUUUGUUGUUGUAAAUUAUAUUGAGGUUUUUUGACCAAUCUUUUUACUAGAUUAUAAUAAAACAUCAGUUCCUUAAGGUUGUGGAGUAAUUCAUGGGUCCAUGUGCUUAUCUGCAGAGAGAACCUUGAUGUUAGGCUUUUUUUUUUCCUGUUUGGAGGAGUUGUUAAAAUCCAUACCUUGUUCUUCCUAAAGUGCCAAUAAACUUCAGAGAAACUCA